AUGAAUUUUGAUCAAUUCGGCGGCGCAGGAGGCCUCUUUGCGCAAUACGCCCAAGGGCUGGGCGGGUUCGCCGGUCACCGCACUGGGCGACCAGAUCCUCGAGCUUACGACGAAUAUUUCAAGGCGUACAGCGUCGCAUUGCUUCCUGGCAAACCGAGAGAGAACGUCAGCUAUGGUGGAAAGAUCAUCAUGCCCACAUCUGCUCUUGCGAAUCUGCACCAGAUGGACCUCCAGUCUCCGUGGAUGUUCAAGCUCCGUAACCCGGCCAACCCUGCCGCUUCGACCCACGCCGGCGUGCUCGAAUUCAUCGCCGAGGAGGGAUGUGUCCAUCUCCCCCAAUGGAUGAUGCAAACGCUGCGUCUGAACGAAGGAGACCCCAUACGUAUCACAGGCUGCGAGCUUCCCAAGGGUAAGCUCGUUAAGCUUCAAGCACAAACUGUAGAUUUCCUGGAGAUCUCGGAUCCCAAAGCUGUCCUGGAGCAGGCAUUGCGCAACUUUGCUGCUCUGACUCAGGGGGAUAUCAUCGAAAUUUCCUACAACACCAUCGUCUUCGGCCUCCUCGUAAUGGAGACACAACCAGACGGAGGAGGAAUCAGCGUCAUUGACACAGAUCUCGAAGUCGACUUUGCAGCUCCUCUCGGUUAUGUAGAACCUGAACGCCCCAAGACUACCCAAGCUACCAUGGCCUCCAAGCUGAACAUUGACGUCACCUCAUCGACUCCAGGAUCAUCUCGUCCAGGCUCCUCGAUGGCGGGAGGAUUUACAGGAGGUGCAUCUAGGGCCAACGCUAUCAGCAAGGGCGGAGACAACUGGGAAAGUUUCAAGGGUAAAGGUGAAACCCUCACUGGGCGCAAGACGAAGGGCAAGGGCAUCACUCACAGGGCCGCGGAGCAAGCUCCAGAGAGCAGCAAGAUUAUUCGUACAGACAAACAUCGUAUUGUGACGAACGAAAGUUUGGAGGGCGAAGGCUCUGCGCCUGCGCCCCUCAAUCUGCCGUUCGGUAAUCUGUUCUUCGGUUUUCCCGUACAGCCGUACGUUCCGCCCACCAAAGAGCCUUUGGUGUCCCAAGAGGAGGGAACGGCAUUCUCUGGUUCAGGGAAUAUGCUAAAUGGCCGGUCCCAGCUUUCUUCGUCAACGAAAGGCAAGGCGAAGGAACAGGACCCGGCCUCUCCAAGUCUUGGGGUUCCGGCGGUCAAACAUUGGGCAGCCGACUUCCUCCGUCGCAGUCUCAAGUAG